CGGAAUUCGUGGCAUGCACACCGUCGCGGCGCACGUGCUCUGCUCGAGUCGCUUGCUUCCGCGCAUCUGCAGCUACCAAAGCGACGCGCUGUCAACCGAUGGCCCACUGCGCUGCCGCAGCGUCCGGCUUGCAGCCAGCUACGGCUACGAGCCGCAAGCCGACGACGACGACGACGCAGCGGACGCGGCGACCUUCCAGCGCUGGCUUGCGCGCCAUGGCACCGCCGCGCUUCCAUUGCUCUGCGCGCCGCAUCUCUUUGCGUACGCGCUUCGUUGUGGCGACGUUCAUGUUCUUCAGUGGCUCGUCAACCGCGAGGCUGUGUUCUGGAACAAGACAACGCUCGUUCUCCAUGCAGUCGGGUGUCGCGCGUGCCCUUGCGCCUCCGAGCAGCUCGGGCCCGCAAUGACCAUCCGCGCCUCCGACUGCGUGCGUCGUGCUGCGACAAAGGGCCAUGUAGAGCUCUUACGCUUCCUCUUUGACUGCGGCUUUGACAUGGUCGACGUCUGGCGCGCCGUCUGUUUUGGUGGGCAUCUCGACGUCGCCCGCUUUGUCGUUGAGCAUCGUCUUGGCGUUUGGCCCGACGCACUUGUCAACGAUGCUGCUGAGAACGGUCAUUUCGAGCUCGUGCGAUACUUCAACACGCUGCGUGUCGAUGGCGUGAACUCGUACACACUUGCGCUGGCCGUCCGGCACGGCGACCUACCGACAGUGCAAGCGCUCCUCACACACCCACAUCUCAAAGAUCUUUCUUUCAAGACAGCUCUGUAUGACGCCAUAUACCACCGCCGCCUGGAGCUUCUUCAAUGGCUCUGCCAGCAGCCCAAUGCGCGUCCCUUUUUGACCGGCGCCUUGGAAGUCGCCGCGUACUGCUGUGCGCAAGCUGCUGUCCAGUGCCUCCGCGACGAGCUCUCCAAGGUCCUGCGCCAUCAGCGCAUCACGUCCGUCCUCGUGUCCAAGGAGCUUCUCGGUCUCGUCACAUCGUACCAACCCGGCUUUGAUACGCACACCAUUGGUCUUCUCGAGCUCUGUCACCGCCAUGCGAUCUACGAGACGCCGCAUCAAGUACCCGGGAUGGCUUCGUACGCAGCGUACCAUGCACUGUUUACGGCGUGGCGGGCUCGACACGACAAGCAUGAUUUGCACAUUCUCUGCCUCCCGCAUCUCUUCGCCUACGCCAUUUCCUACGGUAACAUGGAGGUCGUGCGCUGGCUAAGCCCGCGCCUUGUCAUAAGUCAACGGCUCGAGCUUCGCUGCGAGAAGGCGCAUCAGUGCGUCCUCUCGGCGAAUCAGCUUGUCCGAGACGCGGUGGUCUACGCCGAUUGCGUCGCCCACGCCGCCGAGUCGGGGCAUGUCGAGCUCCUACGGUUCUUGAACGGCCUCGGCUUUACGAUGGAAAAAGUGUGGCAUCGGUGCAGCUACUUUGGCCACGCGAACAUUGCCCAGUACGCGCAUGCGCUCGAACUGGACGGACACCUGCCCCGGUACGUCUACGACGCCACGUUGGGCGGCCAUGUCGCUCUCGUGCAGUUCUACCACGAGCACAACUACGCUGGUUUUACCGAAAAGACAAUCUGGGCCGCUGUACACAGUGGUCGCGUCGACAUGGUCGCCUUCAUCUUGAGACACCGCGACGAAGCCAGUGUUCGCGAGGCCCUCUUGACGGCGGUCGAGACCGAUCGCGUCGAUAUUCUCAAGUGGCUCUGCGAUGAGCCCGAUGCAAAUGGGAUGCUCGACACGGCACUGCAGCAGGCCUGCCUCAUGCGAAACCAUGCGUGCAUCGCGUACCUCGUCGACGAGCGGCGCAUCACAGCGUCUCGUACGACAACUCGGCUCUACCAACGCUAUGUACAACGCCCGACAUGAAGCUUUACGGCUGUCGCAUUGGAGCAUUCUUGGAAGGAAUGCAUGGCGACGACGUCAUUGUCACCUAGUCGAUAGAUAAGAAUAUAUAAACGAGUGUGUAGACGUGUAC